AUGCUUAUAUUUAGAAAUGAAAUACGAACACAACUGAAUCACAGAUCGACAAUUCAUAAUGCAGUACAAGCAGGUUGUGAUCGAAUGGUAUGUGUUGCCCAGGACUUUUGUCAAGGCAAACCUGUUGAAGAGCCGACACUCCUUAAGAAAUUAUUGGAAUUAUCAGAUAGUAAGAAUGAACACUUACCGGGAUUUUUACCGUUAGUUCCUGGAAUGCCGGUUAUCAUUACACAAAAUAUUGCUAUUGAUCUCGGAUUAAUUAACGGCAUGAAUGGAAUCUUUAGACAACUAGUCUAUGAUCUUGGCUCAGUGUCAACAGAUAGUCUGUCAAAAACGUUUCCAGUAAACACCCAAUAUAUGCACAAGCCAAUAUAUGCAUUGGUCGAAAUAAGAAAAUCCAAAAUUGAGUGCAAUCUUGAAAAGCUUCAACCAAAACUCAUUCCAAUACCAAUAAUGGAGCAAACCUUUCAGACAAACUCUACAUGGAAACACAANCUUGGUACGAUAUGCAGUUUCCAUCUUGGUGAUCACGAUGCAGCAUUAGCUUACAACAAAGAAGCAUUAGCGAUCAAGUUACGAAAUCCAAAUCAAAAUCCGUGGAUGCUCUAUACAAAUAUAUCUUCUCAUUACUUCAGUCGAAAAAAUUAUCCUGAAGCACUGAGAUUCCAACUGUUAAAUCACGAAGAUAUAUUGAAUCGAUUUGCAUUAAAAGCAACUGAUAAUGAUGCUACUCGACGAGAAAAAAGAUAUAUGAUUGCCCGAAGUUAUAUGACAGUAGGAGAUUAUUAUACUCCAUUCGAUCGGCAAUUAUCCCUCCAAUAUCUUCAAAUGGCGAAAAAUCUGUAUCGAGAACUUGAACAUCCUUCAAGCAAACCUGUGAAAGAGCCGACACUCCUUAAAAAAUUACUGAAAUUAUCAGAUAGUAAGAAUGAACACUUACCGGGAUUUUUACCGUUAGUUCCUAGAAUACCAGUUAUUAUUACACAAAAUAUUGCUAUUGAACUGGAAUUAAUUAACGGCAUGAAUGGAAUCUUUAGACGACUAGUCUAUGAUCUUGACUCAGUGUCAACAGAUAGUCUGUCAAAAACGUUUCCAGUGAACACCCAAUAUGUGCACAAGUCAAUAUAUACAUUGGUCGAAAUAAGCAAAUCCCAAAUUGUGUGCAAUCUUGAAAAGCUUCAACCAAAACUCAUUCCAAUACCAAUAAUGGAGCAAACAUUUCAGGUAGACAUUUCGGAUAUUCUUUCCAAAGUCAACGUUAUCGAUUAA